GGCAGGCUGGGCGGUGGCCGGGCUAUAUAAGGCACCGCCCCACGCCGAGCCCGCCAGCCUCACCUGGAAGCGCAGCGGGACGGGACGCGGCAGCUCCGCACCAGGCAAAAUGUGCGACAAGCCAGACCUGUCCGAGGUGGAGAAGUUCGACAAGAAGAAGCUGAAGAAAACCAACACGGAGGAGAAGAACACGCUGCCCUCCAAGGAGACUAUUGAGCAGGAGAAGGAAUGUGUGAAGUCUUCCUAGAGCGAGAUGGCCGGGCGGGAAGAGCAACCACUUGAUUUUCUUUUUUUGUUCAUUUUGAAUUAAAUCAUGUGGUUUUUUUUUAAAUUUCUAUCAUGUACAUGUAUAGGAGCAGCAGCAUCACCCAACCCACUGCCCCACCUCGCUGGCAGCUAUGGCAGGUUGGGGGAACAAAGCGUGGCCCUCUCAGUCCAUCAAUAGCCUGACCCGAGUCCAUCUCUGCUGCUCAGCCACCUCCAGUUGACAGCGCUGGUCUUGCUCUGAUGUGGUGGGGAGAUGAGCAAGGGCUGUGGAAGCUCCUGUGGAUGGAGCCCAUCUGCCUGGGGAGUGGGUGAUGCUUUGUGGCCCACGGCCUGGGUCUGUCUCGCAUACUCUUCACUGAUGGUGUUCUGUAGCCUCACUCACGUUUUUUUGUCUUCCUUGGGGGAAAAAUGAGAAGUUUAUUAUAAAAUAAAAAAUGUAAUGGCCUA